AUGCAAUUAACUAAGAUAGCACAACCUCAAGAAUUAGAUGAGAUUUGGAGCUUGCCACCAGAAUAUUCUGGAGAAGAAUAUUCUGAUAAAGAACAAUCGCCAAUAGAAAUCAAACAAACCUUAAAACUUUCUUAA